CCUGUGCUAUUAGGAAAAUUGAUUAGAAUUUAAUCGAAUUUAACACUGAUUCAGUUAAUUGCUAUCAAGUUUAUUUUGUCGUAAAUUGUAUUGUUAUGCAAGUUAUUUAAUUCAUCGAUUGAUCAAUCGCACUAUGCGCAACUUUUACAAAGCAAAAAUCAAUCAAUGAAUUAAAAAUUCGUCUGCUUACGAGCUCGUAAGCGAGAAUUAGUGCGCAUGGUAGAAAAACAUAUCUUUAUCAUGUUGGUGCGUACAAUUCACUUCUCGCCACUCGCUUCUGCUCGCUUCACUCGUGGCGCUUUCACGCAAGACGAUCUGACUGAUCUGAGGCGAUCAUCGGACGCGGAUUUUGAGGAGGCAGCGUCAAGCAUCGCCGUACGGGCACGAUUGUCGUAAACAUGCCACACGUACUGCUGGGCGAUUCGAUCGCGGUGGAACUGGAAGCUCAGGAACCAUGGCCACAACCGAUCACUUUAUACCAGCCUUAUGAAGUAGAACAGAUUCUGCUUCCCGACAAUGCAAAUUGCCUGGCAGUACAAGCCUUUCUCAAGAUGUGUCAGCUCGAUUUUCAGAUUGAGCCGAGAAAAAAUGCAGAGUUUAUGUCACCGUCAGGUCGCGUGCCUUUCAUCAAGUGCGGCACGAAGUUAAUAUCCGAGUUUGAUGGUAUAGUGGCACAUAUAGGAAGUAAAGGAAUAAGUCUGUCUGAUCAUCUGGAUCCUGCUGGCAAGGUGGACAUGAGAGCGUAUCAAUCUCUUGUUAACAAUGUAUUUGUCAAUGCUGAAUUGUACAUCUGCUGGGUGGACCCAGCAAUUUUGGAUGGGGUUACAAAGCAGAGGCACGGAAGUGUGUAUCCCUGGCCGCUUAAUUAUUAUUUGAACUGGCAGAAAAGACGAGAAGUCAUAAAAAAACUCAGUGUACUUGGUUGGUACAAUAAAAGCUUAGACGAAGUCUUUGACGAUGUAAAGAAGUGUUGCAUAGCAUUAUCCGAGAGGCUAGCAGACGAGGAAUUUUUCUUUGGAAAAGACAAACCCAACGAAUUGGAUGCCUUGGUCUUUGGUCAUAUAUUCACGAUAAUCACGACGCCGCUACUCGACAGCAAACUAGCUAGAAUCGUGCAGGGCCAUCCGAAGCUAGUCAAUCUCUGUAAACGCAUCGAGAUUAGCUUUUUUUCUCCUCAAGCUAUAGACAGUCAGACUAAUGAAACGCUGGAGUUCAAGAAUUAAACCACCGAGGAUAUCGAAUUAAAAAGCUGCAAUCUUUAUCUAAACUAAAUUCAAACGCGAUAUCACAAUACCGAGCAAUAAAAACGUAUCAAAACACGGUAUUGAAGCAAUUCAAAUAGCACGAUUUUGGAAGCUAUUGAUUAGAUAAAAUCUCACAUUUUCAUAAAAUGUACUGCCGAUUGUCAUAUCAAUGUUCCUGGUGAUAUUUAUAAUCGUUCUUAUAUAUUUAUAAUUAUUUUAUUGAAGUAUGUAAUUAAUAGUAUAAUAUAUAUUAUUAAGCGCGCUGUUAGGUUAAAGUAUAUACUAUCGAUGUUGUACAGUAAAUCAGGGAAAAACGAUUUUCUAGUCAAUACACCAUUCUCUCCAUUUUUUGUUUGCAUGCAGAUUCGGGAGAAGUAACUUUUCAAUGCGUACAUCGCGUGUGUAUGUGUGUAUUGUGUGUCUGUGUGUACUGACUGAAUGUAAAAUUUGAAUAUAAUCUUUCUGAAUCUAUUAAAUAUCCAGUUAAUGUUUCUUGUCUCCAGCGUUUCAGUUAUCCGCGUCAUUGAAACGCAUAUUAAGAGAAAUCUGUCUAUGUUACACUUCUUGUUUUAUUGAUAUUCUUGUUUUGUUUUAUUCUUGCCUCUCGUCAAUGUAUUUCUAUAACAAACAUUACAAGGCUAAUUUAUUGCAAUAUGCAAAAUGAAAACGAUUCACAAUCGUUAUUUGGGAAAAAAAACGUUCCAGGAUGAUUGGCUAUACACGAUCCAAAUAAUUUCAUGAAUAACAAUCGGAUUUGCUUUAUUAUUAUGUGUUUGUGCAUAAUGUGAGUAUAAUCUUAAACUAUGAUAAACGCUACGAGAUGUAAGAUUUCUGCGAUGCCUUCUGUUACAUUAUGCUGCUAACUCUGUUCCUUUUGAUACUAAUAUCGGUCUAUGCUCCUUAUGCUAUGAAUUAUACACAAAUUUAUAAUGUAGCACAUGUAAUCGUGUAUAAUUAUAUAAUUAUAUGAUGCGUAUAAUUAUAUAAUUAUUGACAGAUAUUCUUAACAUCUUCGUGUGUAUGUGUGUAAAUUAUAUAUAUAUAUAUAUAUAUAUAUAUAUAUAUAUAUAUUCUUUUCAAGAACUUUCAAGAAUUGCAAUCUAGAUGUAGGUAUUUAAAAAGAAAAUUGCUUUAAUGAUAAGCAAUGAUGAUUCAUAAUUGGAAUAUAACAGAAUCAGGAGAGCUCGCUAAAAUAUAAUUGAAAUAAAAUGUCAAAAAUUAUUUUUAGAAACUCUAGCACAAUAAACAAAUUGAGAUCGUAUAUUUUACUGGUAAGACAGAAAGAAAAAUGAGGUACCAAUCAUAUAGAUAAUGCUCUUAAGUAUUGUAUUACGAUAAUAAAUUGUGAAAUAAUAUUUUUUACGCAAGAUAUACGAUAUCUAAUAUAUACAGAAGUCAUAUAAUCACGUCAUGGAGAGACUUUGUAUUCAUUUGGAAGUAUUAAUAGAAACUAUACAGUAAAUCACAAAGCUAUUAUGUUCACUGAUAUUUUUUUCAUGACAUUUGAUUAUUUCUUUUUUUAACUUCAGACUUCAAGUCUAAAACGAAUAUACUAACAAAAUCGCACAUGUGUAUGCAACAAUUUCGUUCACAGAUACUCGUUUUUACGAACAAUGAAUCAGGAACAGUAAUUCCAAAGAUCUAGAAGUAUUUAAUUUCAUCUAUAUAUAUACCAACAGGCAUAUUCAUUUGUGAAACAUUGUAAAGUGUUAUAUUAUAGCGACUUAUGCUACGCGUCACGGAAUAACUAUUGUUUAUCUAUUUAGUAUCUUUAAGAUAUUUUGUAUUUUUCUUUUGUUGGGUAAGAUACCUCGGCAACCUUAAAAUUUUGUGUACGCUAUUUAAAUUAAUCCGGCGGUAGAAAGCUGAAUAGUCGAAACUGUUCUCUAAUGCGCGGCCUUACAUCACCUCCCUGCGAUAAACAUGAUUAAAAAAAUAGCUGUAUUUUUUGUUUAUAAAAUAGUAAAUAUACAAUGUAUUACAAA